AUGUCGGGUGGCUCCCGAAGCCGAGAUGGCUGCUUUAACUGUCGAAAGCGAAAAAGAAGAUGUGAUGAGGAGAAACCAAUUUGUCAAAGAUGUCGCAAGAUCGGAGAUGAUUGUGUCUUUCCACCUUCUUCGAAUGUCUUGAAGUUUGUUGUGGUAGCGCCAUCUGAUCACUAUAUGGUACCAAUUGCCCAGAACAUCAGCUUCUUAAACCUUUCGACUCAAGAACUCGUUGCUAUCUAUAAUUCCCAAGGCGGUGUCGUACAAAGACCACUUCCUCGCGUCCUUUCACCGUUUCCUCAUGAGAUGACAGGGAUAGAAAAUGCUCUUGUGCAGUAUUACGUUGAAGUUAUCUCUGCCAGCAGAGUUUACGUGGAUACCACUCGGAAUGGCUUCCGUACAUCAGUCAUACCUCGAAUGUUUUACCAGCAUUCUCUCCUCUACGCAGUUCUGUCCAUGAGUGCAGCAGAAUGGUCACAAAACGGCAGCCCCGAUUACAGCGGUCUGUCGAUGCAGUACAAGGUUCGGGCACUCCACCAACUCCAACAAGCUUUACUCGACUCCCAGGACAGUGAAGGCAACCUACUCACAUGUGUUUUGCUGUCAUCUCUCGAGAUAGCUCAUGGUUCAUCGAUGUGGCUUCAUCACCUUCAAGGUGCUCUCGCUCUUCUCAAAAGUUUCGGGGCCAGUAUCGACUCGGAUGUUGCCGAAUUCGUAUUGCAGUAUUUUCGUUUUCGCUACAUUUUGAUGGAGACGACUCAGCCGACACAUGAUGACACAGUCAGUCAAGCGAUGACGAGCCUGGCCAGGAUUGAAGCAAGUCUGUCAAACGAUCGUAAUCUCGUUGACGAGCAGAUAGGCUGUUCGAUGGAACUGGUCGAUAUUAUUAACGAAAUUUCGUCGCUCGCCUACAUUUCCAAAGAUCAGCUAUACACCAAAGGCCAAGAAAUUGAACAAAGAAUUGAGGAACCUUUGCAAGGCAGUGCCGACUACUACCUUUCGAGGAGCGCAGAGUCGUUCAGGAUUGCGGCUCAGAUCUAUCUUCGUUUCGUUUGUUACGAUACCUCCAUUACACACCCAUCAAUUCUCGAGCUCCACGAGCAACUCCUCUUGUGUCUUUCCAGCAUCAUUGUGAAAGGACAAACGAGACGAUCAUUCCCAAUGUGGCCUCUCUUUUUGGCUGGUUGCGCAUGUUCCUCUGAUCAACAACGCAAGGUUGUGUUGGAUCAUUUUAUUUUGUUGGAUAGUAAAUGGCCUAUCAGCAAUAUCUCAGCAGUUUGGAAUGCUCUUAAACUGAUAUGGCACACCCGCGACUUGCAAUCGACAAACCAAGAUUGGAGGAAGGUUAUUCGCAAAUUUGGGUGGAAGUUGUCUCUGUCAUAG